AUCUCGAUCCUUAUCUGACCAGCAAAGUCUUCUCCAGCUCCAUUGUCAUCCUACUAACGACGGUUUUUUUGAUCUCGUAGGGUUCUGAUUAUCAAUUGAGUUCGGCUGCUGAAUUCGCGGCUGCGAUUUUGCUGGAUUGGAUUCGAUUUGCGGUUUAGUAAAGAGUAAGUGCAAAUGAGUUUCAGAGAGGAAGGGGAAGAUGCGAGGGGAGAUCUCCGGAAGCCUUUUCUGCAUACUGGGAGUUGGUAUCGGAUGGGGUCGAGGCAGUCUAGUUUGAUGGGGUCAUCUCAGGCGAUCAGAGAUGGCGCUAUCUCGGUAUUGGCGUGCGUUCUGAUUGUGGCUUUGGGUCCUGUCCAGUUUGGUUUCACGUGUGGCUAUUCCUCGCCAACACAGUCUGCAAUCACCAACGAUCUCAAGCUUACAGUCUCACAGUUCUCGUUAUUUGGUUCACUGUCAAAUGCUGGAGCUAUGGUUGGGGCAAUAGCAAGUGGCCAAAUUGCAGAGUAUAUAGGGCGAAAGGGGUCUCUAAUGAUCGCUGCCAUUCCCAACAUUAUUGGUUGGAUUUUCAUAUCAUUUGCAAGAGACUCUUCAUUUCUGUACAUGGGAAGGCUUCUUGAAGGAUUUGGUGUGGGUAUAAUCUCUUACACGGUACCUGUAUAUAUUGCUGAGAUAGCACCAGAAAAUCUUAGGGGGGCACUGGGCUCAGUAAACCAGCUCUCGGUGACAAUUGGAAUCUUGUUAUCAUAUCUUCUGGGACUAUUUGUUAAUUGGAGAUACCUUGCAGUUCUUGGAGCUUUGCCUUGUCUGAUAUUGAUGCCGGGACUCUUUUUCAUCCCAGAAUCUCCUCGUUGGCUGGCUAAAAUGGGGAUGACAGAAGACUUUGAAGCAUCUCUGCAAGUUCUUCGGGGAUUUGACACUGAUAUUACACAUGAAGUAAAUGAAAUCAAGAGAUCCUUAGCAUCAUCAAAUCGAAGGACGGCAAUCCGCUUUGCAGACCUAAAAUUGCGAAGAUAUUGGUUACCGUUGAUGAUAGGAAUUGGGUUAUUAGUUCUCCAGCAGCUAACUGGAAUUAACGGUGUUAUCUUCUACUCCAACAAUAUAUUUGAAUCUGCCGGAAUCUCUUCAAGCAAUAUUGCAACAGUUGGUGUUGGCGUUAUUCAGGUUAUUGCUACAGCAGUUUCAACUUGGCUGGUGGACAAAACCGGGCGCAGGAUUCUAUUAAUUGUGUCCUCCACUGGAAUGGCUUUUAGCCUUGUAGUAGUUGCUGUGUCAUUCUUCUCGAAGGGCUUUGUGUCGGAGGAUUCUACAUUGUUUAGCAUCUUGGGAAUCUUGUCAGUCGUCGGUGUGGUGCUCAUGAUCAUCUCCUUUUCUCUUGGAAUGGGGCCGAUUCCAUGGCUUAUAAUGUCCGAGAUUCUUCCAAUCAAAAUCAAAGGCUUAGCUGGCAGCGUUGCGACUUUGUUUAACUGGUCCUUCUCCUGGCUUAUUACCAUGACUGCGCCGCUUCUACUCAAUUGGAGCAGUGGAGGUACUUUCACAAUGUACACAGCCAUGUGCAUAUUCACGGCAGCAUUCGUUACUAUAUGGGUUCCGGAGACGAAAGGAAGAACAUUAGAGGAAAUCCAGUUCUCCUUUAGAUGAUAAUCCUUCUUGCCCUUCUCUCUUUUGAUCGUUUCUCUUUCGGGUUUUUUUGUUUUUUUCUUCGCUUGUGUUGUUGUUGUUGUUGUUUUUUAGCCUCUCUCUUGGCUGUUGUUCAAAUCCUAUGUUCUCCAUCCAUAAUUGAUAUGGAUAUUGUGUAAUAAACUUGUAGGAAAUAAAUGUUGAUGGAUGUACCGUUGGAUUCGUCCAUCAAAUACUAUGCCAAGACUUGAAGGUUGUGUUUGUUAGGAGUUUUUCAGAUUCCUGCUGUUUAUUGAAUUUUUUUCAUUAAAUGAAUCAAAUGCUUUUUUUUAUUUUA